AUGGCGGUACAGUACAAAACGAAGCCACCGAGUGACGAAUGCAAAUGGAUCUGCAUCUAUCCGUUGUAUUUGAAUUCACGCAAAACCAUUGCCCAGGGGCGACGUGUCGCCAAAUCGAAGGCAGUGGAUUCGCCGACAGCGCAAGAAAUCUACGAUAUUUUGACGAAUGCCGGCAUGAAAGCUAAAAUUGAGAAGAAGAUGCACCCGUUGGAUCCGAAUCGCGAUGCGAAUGCGCAGGGUCGAGUGCGAAUGUCUCUGAUGUUAUAUGCGUGCGAGAUGAUCCCGAAACUGAAGUCACGUCAGGCUGGUGGCGGUGCAACAUCCCAAACUACUGUGACCGGUAAUAGCAGUGUCACCGGUGGCACUGGCGGAGGUGGUGGUAAAGCAAAUAAAAAGAAGAAGCGAUAG